UGAUCGUUGCCUUUCCAUUUACCACUUAGGGGGAAAACCAAACUUCUUGAGGCUCAGUCACACAGCAUCCCCGUCCUCCUCGUAUCCCGUGAACCCUGAGGGAAGGAUGCUGGACGUCGGAUCGAGAAGAGCCCCGGGAUGGAUGAGGCUCGUCUGCCUGUCCAGCUUGUGUCUGCUUUUUCUCUGCCCGCUUGGGGAGUCAGACGCCAGAAGAGCCCCCAAGAUCCCCCGCUGCCCCCCGACCUGCUCCUGCACCAAAGACAGUGCCUUCUGUGUGGACACCAAGGCAAUCCCCAAGAGCUUCCCCCCUGGAAUCAUCUCCCUGACCAUGGUGAACGCAGCCUUCACGACCAUCCCGGAGGGAGCGUUCUCCCACCUCCACCUGCUGCAGUUCCUGCUGUUGAACUCAAACACUUUCACCUUGGUUGCUGAUGAUGCUUUCGCUGGUCUGUCUCACCUGCAGUACCUGUUCAUCGAGAACAACGACAUCCAGGCUCUGUCAAAGUACACAUUCAGAGGACUCAAAUCCCUGACUCAUCUGUCUCUUUCAAACAACAACCUGCAGCUGCUGCCAAGAGAUCUCUUCAAACAUCUUGACAUCUUGACAGAUUUAGACCUGCGGGGUAACUCUUUUCGCUGUGACUGUAAAAUCAAGUGGCUGGUGGACUGGAUGGAAAAGACCAACACCUCUGUUCCAGCCAUCUACUGUGCCAGCCCGUUUGAAUUCCAGGGACGCAGAAUCCAUGAUCUCACCCCUCGAGACUUCAACUGCAUCAGCGCAGAUUUUGCCGUCUACGAAACCUUCCCUUUCCACUCGGUGUCGGUGGAGUCCUACGAGUUCAACGAGGACCAGUUUGUGGCCUUUGCCCAGCCCGACUCAGGGUUCUGCACCCUGUACAUAUGGGAUCAUGUGGAGAUGGUCUUCAGGAGGUUCCACAACAUUACCUCUCGCUCUGCUGUGUACUGCAAGCCCGUGGUGAUAAACAACACCCUGUACAUGGUGGUGGCUCAGCUUUUUGGAGGAUCUCAUAUUUACAAGUGGGAAGAGGACCCACAGCGCUUUGUAAAGAUCCAAGAUAUUGAUACCACUCGGGUGAGAAAGCCCAACUUUGUGGAGACCUUCCAGCUGGAUGGGGAGUGGUACUUCGUAGUGGCAGACAGCUCCAAGGCCGGCUCCACCAGCAUUUAUCGAUGGAACAGCAAUGGCUUCUACUCUCACCAGUCCCUCCACCCCUGGCAUCGGGAUACCCAUGUGGAGUUCCUUGAUGCUGGGGGUAAGCAGCACCUCAUCCUCUCCAGCGCCUCCCAGCCUCCUGUGGUUUACCAGUGGAACCGCAGCCAGAGGCAGUUCGCUUUCCAUUCCCAAAUCACAGAGUUAGCCGAUGUGCAGAUGGUCAAGCACUUCUGGGUGCGGAAGGUCCUUUAUCUCUGCCUCACACGCUUCAUCGGUGACUCCAAGAUCCUCCGCUGGGAGGGGCAGCGCUUUGUGGAGAUCCAGACCCUUCCCUCACGUGGCUCAAUGGCUGUGUAUCCCUUCACAGUGGGCCUUCGCCAGUACCUCAUCCUGGGAAGUGAUUUCUCUUUUUCCAGGGUAUACCUGUGGGAUGACCUCACGCAGCGCUUUCAGCCCUUCCAGGAACUCAACAUGAGAGCCCCUCGGGCCUUCAGCUUGGUUUCUGUGGACAACAAGGACAUUCUGCUGGCUGCCAGCUUCAAAGGCAACACCCUGGCCUACCAACAUCUGGUGGUAGAUCUCAGUGCCAAGUAGACAUCCAACAGGAAAGGCCGAGUGAGGUUUCACUGAGAGCAUUUAUCAACAUGUGCCAUAUAAAGGAAAGACUGCAAGUUGUUUAAGCCAUGUAAUGAAAAGUUUGCUAUCUCACUGGAUGUUUUGAGUGAGGCAACUAAUUAUUGUUAUUAUUAUUAUUUUGUUUUUAUGCAAUAUCCCUUAACAUGUGAAUUAUAAUAAUACACCACAUCAGUAAUAUCUCUACAUAAAUGUCAUAUGAUUGUGCAGCAUUAUUGCUUCUGUUUAGCCAACCAUGUUGUUUUUGAGACUAUUAUGCUGUAUACUGUACUUUACAAGUGGUGUGAAAAUGAUGUGCAUGUGCAUCUACUGAAUUAUUCACACUGAAUGAAAUCUGACAUGCCGUUUGAAUGAAUUACUGUGGGGAUUUUAUAGAUUACGCUGUAUAGGAUACCUGUGUAGCAAUCUGCAUGCCACGUUACAGCUGAUAUCUCAGUGGAGACUAAAAAAAACUGUAAAACAAGCAAUACUGAUCUUUGUAAUACCUGAUGUCCUUUAUAUGUUCACCUUUAUUUAUGUACCUGUUUUGAAAAUAAUCUGGUGUACCACAUAAGCGACGGGCCUUUAGGUUAAACAUAAGCUCACAUUUCAAAGUGCAUGAAUUCUGAUAUUAUUAUAUGUUUUAUUUAUAUUAUAUAUGUUUAGUGGAGCUGAUCUUUAAAAUCCAUGCAUCAGUAACAAAUAGCCAACAGCAUGAUUUCUGUAACCAAACUCAAGUUUCUCUCACACUGUAAUACAAACGUGUCCAAUUGUGAAUCUGGACCAAGUCAAUCUGUCUUUUCAAUUAAAUCUUUAUGAUGGUG